CUCUCAUAACAACGACGAAACAGUGUGCCGUAUAUACAGUUCAGCUGAGUAGCCAUGAUCAAUCCGGCAAGGUUUGAUUUGGUGUUGAUUGUAUUGGGAUGUCUGUCGUUUCUGCGUUUAAAUCAGGCAACUUUUUUCGACACGCCAGGGGUGUACUGUGGCGUUCAGCCAAUAGGACCUGAGGAACUUGCCGAAAAGGAGAUCGAUGCACUUCCAGGGGAGUGGCCAUGGCAUGCAGCAAUCUACCAGAUCCGAAGCGAAGGUGCCGUUUAUGUGUGUGGUGGGACAAUGAUCGAUGAACGCUUCGUCGUAACCGCAGCGCAAUGUGUUUGUGAUCGAGCCAGUGGAGCGACCCUGAACAACGAAACGAUCUUGGUGCGAAUGGGGGUUUUGAACCUGGCUGCUCCAUUCCAGUUGAUGUCGCAGCAAUAUUUGGUGGCGGAUGUAUUUAUCCACCCGAAUUUCACUGUUGAUGACUUCAGGGCAGACAUUGCUGUGUUGAAGUUGAGCAUGGUGGUACGAUUCAGCGAUUAUAUUCACCCGGUUUGCGUUGACCAGAAAGGUGACUUGCAUGUGGCGCGUGGAACUAUUGUCGGUUGGGGCUCGACUAAUGUGAUAAGUGAUCUCAGUGAUGUGCAACUUCCCUUGUACAGUGGUGUAAUUUGUGGUACUGCGCAGGAAGAAAGUACUUUUUGCGCAGGAUAUGCGAACUUUACUAGUGUAUGCUACGGAGACAUAGGCGGUGGGAUAUUCACCAAGAUCGCACAUGCCUGGCACCUUCUAGGAAUACUUUCGAUGGAUAAAAACAAAUCGGUUGAUAAUGAAAACUGCCGUAUUGAUGGUUUUGCUACCUUCACCAAAGUUUAUAAUUUCUUACCAUGGAUCGAGAAAGUAACAAAACUAGAGCUGCUGGAGACGUCAGAUGAGCACAAGUUCGUAAUACCCACUGGAGUUCCCGCCAAAAAAUGUGUUCUCACAGAUCCUCAAAAUUCAACCUCAAAUUCCAGCCAUCUUCCGCAGGAUUGUGGCCGCUACGUGAUCAAUCGUAUCCUGCAUGGCCAACGGACGGAGUUGUUUGAAUUUCCCUGGAUGGCCAUAGUGCGAUAUUUAGUGGCUCCCAUACACGAGUUGGAAAAUCUUUGCACGGGAAGCUUGAUAAGCAAUCGCUAUGUGCUAACAGCAGCUCACUGUGUGAGGGCGAGCAAAAAACCAUACCAGGUGAGAUUGGGCGAACAUACCAUGGACCAGGAAAGGGACUGCCAUCGAAAUGAUGAUCAAGAGUGUGCUCCACCCGUGAGAGAUUACGGUAUCGAAUGCAUUGCUCAGCACCGGGGAUACAACAGACGAUUACAGCAGGAUAACAUUGCCCUGAUUCGGCUAGAUCAGGAUGUCACAUUCGAAGAUCAUAUCCAACCAAUAUGUCUACCUACGUCGUCAUACCUGAAAACACUACAAAUUCCACAGUACAUCGUAACCGGAUGGGGAGAUACGGAAACCGGUCACAAAUCGAUGACUCUUCUCAAGACCUCGGUUAAGCCAGCCAAUCGCUCCGAGUGCCAGGAGUGGAUGACCAUACGGGGUUUGAAACUGACCGAGGAUCAGUUAUGCGUAGGGGAGAGAGACGGAGCGGAUAACUGCAAAGGUGAUGGGGGUGCCCCCCUUGGGUAUAGUGCCGAGUACAACCGUGGCAUGCGCUUCGUACAGUUCGGAAUAGUGUCCUUUGGGUCCGGAUGCGGAGUCGUGCCCUCGGUGUACACUAGAGUUGCUAGCUAUAUGGAUUGGAUAACGGCAACUAUAUCCAGCCUGGAUUCGGAUUAGUGGGCAAUCAGCUCUUGUAGGAAGAUUUAGAAUUGUUCCAUGAGUAAUAUUUAAAUAUUAGUUGAUAUUCAGUUGGUUGUCGACUAUCUAAGUCUUAAUUUAUUGACCUUCAAGUGAUUGGAACUCCAUUGCAUUCCCCAAUAAAUAUAUGUAUUAGGUACAAGAAUUGUAAGAUAGGAUUUAUAAUUGCAUUGGCUCAACAUUAGUACAUUGGUACAAUUUACUAAUGGUACAACAUUAGUCAUAGGACUCAGGAUGUGAUUAUUAAAUACAAUAAAUACAAUGUCUAAACUUCAAUAAAGCUACAAUAAUUCACCCAA